AUGCCAAUUGGACGCGAUAAACUCCGAUCCGGCCUUGAUAAAUUCAAGGUCAAGGUAUUGAAGCGACCGAAGACGCCCGUUUCCGGAUCCGAGGCCACAUCGGCCCAAGAGGCGCUUCCUCCUUCUGCCGCAUCUGAUCCGCCACCUGCGUCUGAGCCUGAGUUGUCAGCAUUGCAGACACGACUUUGGAACAAAGCGUACGAAGGCGUGAAACAGAAAGAACCUACCGUUGCCGAGGCCUACGAGAAGAUUCUGUUUGUGGAGAUUCCCAAAGCCCAACAUGAUUCGACUGGGGCUACGAGCGAACAGAACGCAACAUCGGCCGAGAUGAUUCAACUAGUCAAUACCGGAGUGGAACGAACUAAAAAAGAAGUCGAGAUCAAAGGAACGGUCAAGCAGUGGCUAGACAUUGUCAACUCCGUGAAAGGCGUCAUCGACAAUGCCAUCAAGGUCGCCCCCGACGCUGCGGUUGCCUGGGCUGGUAUCUGUAUUGGCUUGGAGAUUAUCACAAACCCGACCAAGGAGCCAGAACUCAACCGCACAGGCAUCACACACGUUCUGUUGAGAAUGCGGUGGUACUGGAAACUCGCAGAUCUCCUCCUCGGAGACGAAAGAGCACAGGCGUCUCGUGGAAGCCUACGGGGUGAAUUAGAGGAGCACCUCAUACAGCUCUACCAAAGCCUCCUCCUCUAUCAGAUGAAAAGUGUCUGUCUAUACCACCGCAAUUGGGCUGCAGUUCUCCUUAGAGACGCCGUCAAGUUUGAUGAUUGGGCGGCAAAACUUGAGGCCAUCAAAUCGGAGGAGACUGCCAUCAAGGCAGACAUAGAACAGCACAACUCAGAGAUUGUCAAGUCGACCCUUUCUGACAUCGAACGCGCCGCUCAACACCAAAGCAACACGCUUGAAGACAUUCUCUCUUCUAUCCAAGUCCAGAAUGAGCAGCAAAAGAAGCGGCAUGAGAGUGAUGCCGACAAACUCUGCCGCAAGGACUUGCUUCUGACAGAUCCGAGAAUGGACAAAAAACGGAUCGAGGACUCAAAGGGCGGGUUACUAGAGGGUUCAUACAAGUGGAUUCUCGACCACUCUGACUACAAAACUUUCUUGGAGGACCCCCAAAGCCGCCUCUUCUGGAUCCGGGGGGAACCUGGGAAGGGGAAAACGAUGCUGGUGUGCGGCAUCAUUGAUCAUUUGAACCAUGAGAAAAAGCCCGUAUCCUACGUUUUCUGUCAAGAGACUUCGCUGGACCUGAGAACCUCAGUUGGUGUGAUACGAGGCCUCAUCUACGAUCUCAUCUCGCGUGAUUUAUCACUCAUUUCGCAUGUCCGCCGCAAGUACGAUAUUGAGGGGAAAAAAUUGUUUGAAGGAGUCAACGCCUGGUGGUCGCUGAAGGCCAUCCUCAGCGACAUGCUGCGAGACUGGCGCGGAUCCAGUCCGAUCUUGGUGGUGGAUGCCCUUGAUGAGUGCACUACCGAGAGAGGAAAUCUGAUGAAGCUGAUAGUCGAAUUUUCCAACUCGCCCGACCACAACGCCAAAUGGGUCGUCUCCAGUCGCGACUGGCCGGAGAUUGCUGGCCAGCUGAAGGGGGCAAACAAGACCAGCAUGAGACUUGAGCUGAACCAGGACAAUAUCUCCAACGCGGUCAAGUUUUUCAUCGAGAAGAAAGUGAACGAUCUGGCAAUCGACAAGGAGUAUGAACCAGAAACCAGGGACUCUGUAUCCACAGAGCUAGUAUCAAAAGCCAACGACACAUUCCUGUGGGUCGCCUUGGCAUGUCAAACCUUGGGCUCUGAACAAGUCACCAAGUGGAAUACCCUAGAGAUUCUCAAAUCCAUACCAACAGGACUUCCUCAGCUCUACAAACGCAUGAUGACAUAUAUAUUGGGGUCCCCGGAUAAGGACAUAUACAAGCAGAUCCUCGCCACUGUGUGUGUUAUCCUUCGCCCCAUUACGAUCUCGGAGCUCAAGGCUCUUGUUGAGCAGCUCCAGAACCGCCCUGUUGAGGGUGUUAGGAAUGCGGUUGAAUCUUGCGGCUCCUUCUUGACUCUCCGGGAAGACGUUGUUUACUUCAUCCACCAAUCUGCCAAAGAUUUCCUUCUCAAGGAGGGGUUUGACCAGAUAUUUCCCUCCGGAAUCGCACACCAGCACCGCAAAAUCUUCUUCAGAUCGAUGGACGCUCUCGAGGGAUUGAAGCAAGACAUGUUCGGUUUAAAAUCGCCUGGCUAUCUCAUUGGGGACGUCCAAACUCCAGAUCCCAACCCACUAUCGCCAAUGACUUACUCUUGCGUCUUUUGGGCCGAGCACCUCCUCACUCCAGAAGUUGCGGCUCCGGGUGAAGAUAACGAAGCCCUGAAAGUGGUUGAAAAGUUUUUCAGAAACAAAUUCCUCCACUGGCUCGAAGCUCUUAGCCUCUUGCGCAAGUUGCCAACGGGGAUAGUCACAAUGCUGCGCUUGGAGUCAGACCUCGGCGAAAUAGGCACUGCGAGCCUCGCAGAAUCGCUCCGAGAUGCGAGGCGAUUCGUUCAGUCGUGCCAUGCGAUAAUCGAGGCGGCUCCGCUUCAAGUAUACGCAUCAGCGUUGGUUUUCAGCCCGACAAGAAGUCUAGUGCGAGAGCGAUUCGCGAAGAGUAACAAAGUGGGCGAGGAGGGAGGUUGGCUGCUGUCAGGCUUGCCUCUAAAGCCAGACUGGGAUGCAUGUCUUCACACCCUUGACCUUAAGUUCAACACCGUUAGCGUAAUGGCGCUUUCACCAGAUGGAACGCAAAUCGCAGCAUGUUUAGGCAACGCGGUCCAUAUCUGGGACUCAACCUCAUUUGAUUGCAUUGCAACAUUCCAGGGGUUCUCUUCCGAAGUGCUUUCACUCAACUUUUCUCAAGAUGGUCAGAGGCUGGCAACGGGCGAGAUGGACGGAGGAUCGAGAAUUUGGGCUACUGGUGCUGGCAGUUGCAUCAGCACCUUUCGCAGCACAACCAAGAGGCCUAUUUUCCAGAUCUCAUUUGCGUCUGAUGAUCGACAGCUGGUAACAUGCUCAAAUACGACUGGUCGGCGGCUUCAACUGGGGCAGGUCGAGGUCUGGGACGUGGUUGCGGGAGAACACACCCAACCCGCCAUAGCCCACUACCAACUUGAGGAAGGGCUGGGGCGGUACGCUUUGUCGCCAAGCGGCAUGAUGUUGGUAGCGGCCAGUCAUAGGAGCACAAUAAAUCUUUACUACACUCUGACGAUGGAGUUGGUUAAAACUUUAGGACGCGAGGGCCAUCCAAUCAGCUCAAUGGCCUUCACGACUGAUGGUAACCAGUUAGCAACCGCCCCAUCUCACGGAACACUCCAGGGUCAUACUCGUGAUGUAUCCAGCCUUGCUUUCUCGCCGACAAAAAAGCAACUUGUCUCUGCUGCGCCAGAUGCCCUGGUCAAAAUCUGGGACACAUCAGCAAAGGAUGUGAAAGAUGAACUGGACAAUGAAACCAUCCAGGGCAUCGCACUGUCACCAAAUGGUCGGUUGGUUGCAUCCACGUCGAAAAAAUGCAUCAAAGUCUGGGACGCCAUCGAAGCCUCUUGCAUUCACACUUUAGAGCACCAAAGGGAUUGGCCAUACGUCGACUUUUCCCCGGAUGGUCAGAACCUUUGCAGCCUUUCUAAAUCUCAGGAUGGUCGACGUGGUGUCGACAUCUGGUGUUUGAAUCAAGGUGUUCGUGUCCUGAGUGUUGAAGAAGUCCUGUCACGAUAUUCCCCAACCUGGUUCGUGGCAAAAGAUCAUCGGGUAAUUGCACUAGCCUUAUUGGACGGGUCAAUCGGCAUCUGGAACCUGGCCGACGGCGUUCAAAUUCGACAGCUUCCGAAUGGCUAUAUUCCCAGCGACGAUUCGAGGUUAAACCCCCGGCGAUUGGUCGCCCUUUCCAGCAACGGCAGAUGGUUUGCCUCUGGGUGCGGCACUGAUAUCAAAAUCUGGAACGUCGACACAGGCCGUCUUGUCCAUCUACUCUCUGGGCACCGCAAUGAAGUGGAGUGCAUAACAUGGUCUCCCCUUUCCGACUACCUUGCAUCUACUGACCUCGACGGUGACGUCAAGAUCUGGGAUAUGACCCAAGGAUCGUGCACUCACACGGUGUCCUCUUCCGGCUAUUGCAGUGACCCCUCGCUCACCUUUUCGCCAGACCAGAAAUUGCUCGUAAUAGGUUUCCUCAGAUAUGAGCGUGGUUUCGAAGGCAAAACUGUUAACAUCUGGGAUAUGGACAGGCGAGUUGUUGUCCGGACGACCUUGACGUGCCAUCUCUUGAAGCGAAAGGCAGAGAAGUAG